GUCAAACACUCAUGCUUUAUUGAUCAUGUUGAAUUGAAAGCUCAUGAAUGCAUUGCAAUGACAGAUGACACAUUGCAAAAGCAAGUAAAGGUCACUCAAAACUAUGACAUCUACUAAACUGGAAAGGAGUACAGCAACUCAACUGCAAGCACCUCCUUAGCAAAAGGGACGUGUGUGAUGUAACCCAACUCACUGUCAGCUAGUGUUUCUAAAGUCUGGGAAGUGUUAUUGUGAUGGAGGUACGCACAAGAGAAAAGUUAUGUUACCAUUAUGAUGAGAUUGCUAAUGAGCUGAAUACAGACCAUGUUCUCCUCUGCUUGAGUGGAUCUGUGCUCUCUGAGUAUGAGUGUAACAAGAUAUCAGCAUCUGGGACCCAACAAACCAAAGCCAAACGACUUCUAGAUAUCCUAUGUACAAAAGAUGCGCUGGCAUAUCAUCACUUCCGUUAUGCACUGAAGGAGCGCUACCCUCAUUUGGUCAGAAAGUUGGAUGAGGAAAGUGUUACUCCAGAGCAAACUACCAAGGAGAGUAAAGCCACUAAAAUCACAUUCAAACGUCGAGACUCGCUCAUCCUAAAUCUGAAAACAGAAGGCAUUGUAGAUAUCUUAGAACAUAGUGGCAUUCUGACAAAGGAUGAUUGCAACAUGGUGAAGGCAGGGAUGACAAAGGAAGAUAAAGCCAGAGUAUUGGUUAACCUUAUUCCAGAGCGUGGGCCAACAGCUUAUAGACAGUUUAAACUGGCAGUUAGAGCACAGCAACCCAAACUGGCAGAAUUACUGGAAUGAUUUUAGUACGUCUGUUCUGAAAGUGAAAACCACUAGGUAUUGGGAUUAUUGUAACUGCAGGUUUUUGAGCCAACAAGUCAUGUUUUUGACACCCUUGGUUAAUAUUAAUCUAGAUUGUGUUCACUGUUCAGUAAACCUUGUACACCAGGCUCUGAAAUUAGGAAUAAAAGGUUGAACACACGCUAAAUAAUUUGUAAAACUAUUGUACACGCACUUGUGACAUAAAGACAGCAAAAAAAGUAACGCAGCUGUUGUAAAAGCACCUAUAUUGUUAAACUUGUUAUUCGUAAUAU